UACGAACGCACGUAACAACGCGCAUGCGUUAUUUCGUCAGGCGGAACAAUCUGGGCAACUACUGGGCUUGACUCGUCUCGUAUCGUCGCUCGCGGUGGGUGCGCCUAUCGACGAGAACCGCGGCGACGAAGUGAUCGUCUCCACGCCAGUCGAGCGUGCACGCACCGGUUCUACGAGCGCGACAACUGACAAGAUGAAGAUGGCGGACGGACCCACGAUCCUGCGGAGAAACAGGCCCGGAACGAAAGCAGAGGACUUCAGCAGGUGGCCGGAUGAACCGUUCGAAGAAAUGGAUAGCACGCUGGCCGUGCAACAAUAUAUUCAACAAAUGAUCAGAAGAGAUCCAUCCAAUAUUGAUUUGAUACUUAAUAUGCCAGAAACCAAUGAUGAAGGGGUAUGGAAGUAUGAACAUCUCAGGCAGUUCUGUAUGGAGCUUAAUGGUUUGGCAGUGAGAUUACAAGAAGAAUGCCAUCCUGAAACUUGCACACAGAUGACAGCCACGGAACAAUGGAUAUUUUUAUGUGCGGCGCAUAAAACUCCUAAGGAAUGUCCUGCGAUUGAUUACACUCGACAUACAUUGGAUGGAGCAGCAUGUCUACUUAACAGCAACAAAUAUUUUCCCAGCAGAAUCAGCAUCAAGGAAUCUUCUGUGGCAAAACUUGGCUCUGUUUGUCGUAGGGUUUAUAGAAUUUUCUCUCAUGCAUAUUUUCAUCAUAGAACGAUAUUUGACGAAUUUGAAAAUGAAACUUUCCUCUGCCGCAGGUUUACUGCAUUUGUGACAAAAUAUAAUCUGAUGUCGAAGGAUAAUUUGAUAGUACCUAUUAUGGAAGGUGAUGGCGCGACGGAAAGUGAAGCAUAGGAUCUAACAUUGCGAUCGUAUUGCCCGAAGUCGAAUUGCCAGAUAUAGUAAGAAAAGAAAAAUGUUAAUAUUCAUUAUUCUGAUGUUUUCCUGACUUACGAAUACGAUACAGAUCUUUAAAAGAAGUCAGUGAAUUCGCUCCUAUUUAAAUAACGUGAAUUUGUUACACAGUCUAUCUUCAUAUGAAAAAUAUGAAAGUACGAAUUACGAAGAAUAUUUGUAUUUUAAAUUUUUCGUCACGUUGAAGUUUAUAUUAUUGCUUCUAAAUCACGUUCUAAUAUCGAGUAAAUUAAUGAUGAAAAUUUACAAACUUUUAACUAUUUCCAACAUUUUUCAUUAGAACAUAGCUUUCAUUUAAAAAUAUAUUCUUGAUAAUCAUGCCUUUUUCAAGAAUCUUGAAAGAGAUACAUCUUAAUCUUUGCUCAGUAUCUUGUUAUACAGGUACUUUCGAUAAAUGUUUUAUCAGUAACUGUAUAAUUAUUGAUAUAAACAAUACUUUCCAUGUUUGACAAGCACAAUUCUUAUAUUCAUUCUUAUAAUAUUUAAGAUUUGUGCAGCCUUUCAAGCCAUAGAAGAAUUCAUUAAAAUUAUUAAAUUUCUUGAAAUAUACUAUAGUAAUUUAAUCUCUCUCUUUCUCUCUCUCUGUUAUAUACAUUUUAUAAAAUAUUACAUUUUAAAUGAGAAAAGAGGAAAAAAAUGUUAAAAAUUUUUUAUCUUACACUAUCAAAGUUACUAAACACUGGCAAGUGUCUCAUAUCUCUAUAUUAUACUUUAUAACGUCUUUUUGUAAAAAAAUAACAGACUGUGUCUCUAUAGUAAAUAUGUGUAAUGAAACAAUAUAUUACACAACUCAUUUAUAUAUUUAAUUAUAUGAAUAAUUGUUUAUAAAUUUCGGAAAUUAAUUAUAAAAAAGAUUCUAUAAGAGAUCACUUUUCUAUUAAAAUUCUAUUAAAUCUCUACAGUUUCAUAAUCGUUAAAUUAUCUGUAAAAAUAGCACGCAUUAUAUUGAGAAUCGGUAUGUUUCAAUAUAAGAAUUAAUAUUAAUUACAUAAUUAUUUUCAUUCUACCUUUGAUAAAAUGAUAGAUCUAGAUGUGAGAAGUGAUCUUUAUAUCUCAAAACGAUUUGGUAAGAUAAGAUCCAGUUAUAGAAAUUUCUAAUAAAAUGGAAAUGAAAUCUCAAAUGUUUGUUGUCGGUUUGCAUAAUCAGAAGAAUGCGAAUUUAUAUAAACAAUUGUAGAAUUUUACACAUUGUACGAGCAUCGUGUUAGUAUAGAGUGACCAUAAUAAUCAUCAUCACGUAGUUGGUCUUUAUAAAAUGUAUUGUUUAAGCAAAAGGCAUAGCGAUAAAUGUGGUAUAGCACUGUUAUUUAUAAGACAUAUGCAUUUAUUCCGUACAGCAAUAUAAAUUACAGGAUAUGCUAAGCUUUUCUAUCCCGUUCGGCGGUUUCAUAAUAUUGCCGUGAAUUUUGGAUUACUUCUAUAUGUUGGAUAUAAGACUAGGUCGAAAUUAUGACAAAAGAUAUGGAAAAA